CCCAGGCUCAGUGAAAUGCAAGCGCGGGAGUGAGAGACCCUGAAAGCUGAAGCUAAGAGCCAUCUAUACCUGCGCGAUUCCGCUUGAUUAUUAAAAACAGAGAGCUCGAGCAUGGCGUCUAAGUGUCCUAAGUGCGAGAAGACCGUGUAUUUCGCGGAGAAGGUGACUUCUCUGGGGAAGGAUUGGCACAAGUUCUGCCUGAAGUGUGAGCGCUGCAACAAGACCCUGACAUCAGGUGGUCAUGCUGAGCAUGAUGGGAAGCCCUACUGUCACAAGCCGUGCUAUGCUGCCCUCUUUGGGCCAAAAGGUGUUAACAUUGGGGGAGCAGGAUCUUAUGUGUAUGAGACCCCCAUCAGUAACAACCCUCCUCCAGGCACUGUGGACUCAGCACCCAAGCCUGAAGAGAAGAGGAUCCCAGCAACCAGCAAGCCACCCUCUAAAGCUGGAAGCAUCACCACCUUUUCUGGAGAGGCCAACAUGUGCCCCAGAUGUAACAAGAAGGUCUACUUCGCCGAGAAGGUGACGUCUCUGGGGAAAGACUGGCAUCGGCCCUGUCUGCGCUGUGAGAGGUGCAGCAAGACUCUGGCAGCAGGCAGUCAUGCAGAGCAUGAUGGCCAGCCCUACUGUCAUAAACCAUGCUAUGCCGUGCUCUUCGGGCCAAAAGGAGUGAACACAGGCGGUGUCGGCAGCUACAUCUAUGACAAGGAGCCCAACGCAGAGGCCCAGCCAUAAACCUGCAUCUUCACAAACUCCCAACUCUACAAUCACAAACCUCCACUACAAACACAGCAACUACCAUCAUGCUCAUACACACCCCACACACCCCAACCUCCAGCCAUGCCUACUGAAACCAGUGCCAACAUGGAUCUCUCUGCAAAAGUGAUGCCACAUACUGCAACCUUUUCUUAUUUUACUACUUUAACCUUUUUUUUUUUUUAAUUAUGCCUGAUCACUUAGAUUUGACAGCCCUGCUCAGACUUAAGACAUAAGGUUAUAUACACUGAAUGUCCAAAGAUAUUCGGACACACCCCUCCUAAUUAGUAAAUUUAACUACUUUAAGGUGCAUCCAUUUCUGGCCCAGAUGUUCAGCUCCACUCACAUGUGUAUAAUAUCUAUAGAGAUGCAUUGUCAUCCUUUACUGCAGUAAAGGAGUGAACUAUUAAUACCCAUGAUUUCAGAAAAAAGUGAGCAGGUGUCUAAAAACGUUUGGACAUAACGUGUAUGUCUUUUUAGUAAAGGUAAAGCAAUAGUUUGGUGAAAAACAAAACUUGCAGUGUUUUCCCCCCUUACCUUAAAUGCAGUCCAUCAGCCAAGAGAAGUUUUGUGUCCUAAGUUUGCUUAUGUAAUUUUGCACUGAAGCUACAAGGUUAAAUGGUAGAUAUUAGUGAAGCUACAAGGUUAAAUGGUAGAUAUUAGUGAAGCUACAAGGCUAAAUGGUAGAUAUUACCCUCUGUGACAUUGUUAGCUACGUUAUCCUCCAGUGCAAGAUAAAGAAGCAAACUUCAGACACCAAAAAUUGUGUAGAUUAGUUUUUUGUUAUCAAAAUAUUGCUUUCAAGUUGUGCUAGAUCUUCGCUUCUUCCAAUAUAAGACAAUAGGGCCUGGCUCCUUUUGAGCCUUCAGGGCAGGAUGGUUUUGCAUUGAUAUCAGCUAUAUAACAAAGACAAAAGUUCUAAGGGAGCUUGUUUUCAGAUGUGGAGGAACCAGGUUGUUUUAAUGGUCUGCUGACAUGCAGAUCAAUCUCACCUCAGAGUCUCUUCAAACAGGUGCAGCACAGGAGCACUUUGCCAUAAAUCUAUGAGAUAUUCACCAACCCAGAUUUGCUCUUUGGCUACCUAACAGCAUUCCUAAGUCAAAGUAUUUUAGCUUUAGUUUAAAAUUUACAUAGACAGUAAAGACUCUUAUUUUUAGAGGGUACAGACUCCUAUAUAUAUGUUAAAGCUCACAGGGGGUUGAGAGGUAUAGAGGGCUUUAUGAUGGGUGCCUAAUGAUUGAGUAGCUGAUUUUAGUAUUUAUGGGGCUGUUUUACGAACGUUGGCCUAAGAUCAAGGAGUAAAAGAAACGAAUAAGCCGUUCAGUAAAUCAUGUGUGAUAUGAAUAUUAGAAAACUGCCCGUUUAUCUCCUUGUGAUGAAACUUCAUACAUUUGCAAGUAGAAAGUAGCUGAUAGAAACCUUUAAGUUAAACUCUUAUGACAAUACAUUCUUAUGGAAUGUGCAUUAAUACUCAAUGACUGUUAUUGCCAUGAUAUUUGUUUGCUGUACUAGGGUUGUAUAUUUCUAAGAACUAACUGUUCCUUGAUCAAAGACAGCCCACACUUAAGUCCUGCUGCUUGUGUCUUUUUAAUCCCACAUUAAAGUUCAUGCAUGGCUCUUCUGUGCACUGCUGAUCUAUUUAGAAUAUAUUUUUACCACUACUUUUAUGUGAAUGCCGUUUGGAUAAGGAAUACAUUUACCAACUACUUUACUAAGUAGCUACUGUUUUUCUUUGCUACUUUGUAUGUACACUCAUUGUCCAUUUUCAGGUUCACUUGCAUUCUGUAUUGAAAUUAUAGAUAAAUCUGUGUCUCUACAAUAUUUAUUAGCCUUUGCAAUUGAGCAGGUAAUAUUUGGGUGGUGGAAAAACUCAGUGAAAGUUGUACUAUUGUCUCCAACACUGCAUCUAUAAGGUGGACUGAAAAAGUAGAGUGCACAGUAAGUGGACACAGUGUUUAAAAUCACCAGCAACACUGCUGUGUCUGAUCUACUCAUACCAACAUAGCACACACAAAUGCACCACUGCCUGUCAACUGUCAAUGUCGCUGCAGUGCUGAGAAUGAUCCACCACCCAAAUAAUAUCUGAAUUAUGUCCUGUGGGGGUCCUGACCAUUGUCGUAACUAGAAUCUUACCGUGCAAAAAAGGGACCCAUAGGGAAUAAAAAAAACCUAUUCACUAAUGUUCUGUAUCAAUGAAGUUCAUUUUUUCAAGGCAUGCUACUCCACCCAUUAGCAUCUAAUGUUAACCUAAAGGUUUAUGUUAAACUCUUUAUUUGGGUUGCAAUAAUUAGACGUCAUGAUUAGCUGUCUGUCACACUACCAGCCAAAUAAGAAUCUCCAAGAGCUCUUUCUGUGCGACAUGCAUAUUUUGAUAAAAUGCAAAUUUUGAUACAUUACCUGAAUGGAUUGAUUUGAUCUUUAAAGAUUUCUGAGUUAGAACCAGUAAGUAUAUCAUGCAACAGGUUAUACAGGAUGUUUGACAAUGGUUUCAUGGACAAGAUGCAUUAUAAAAGUAAAAUAAAGAGACAUCGGGGUUGUCUGUCUAGUGUUGAUGGAAGUUAACUGAUAAGGUUUGCUGUUAAGAAACUGGAACCUCCUGUGAGUCAUGGGUAUCAAUAUCUAUAUAAGGGGCUCAAUGAAGAUUUUAUGGGGCUCUGUCAGGAUGGCACCCCCAGCAUUUAAACAACUGCUUCUGACCAUUGAUGAUAAAGUGGGGCUAGCAAACUAUGCAGGGAAACAAUUACAAUCUGUGACUAGAACUGAAAAAUGCACCUAUAUGGUUUUUGGCUUGACACAAUGGACCAAGAGUGUAGAUAUAUGGUAGGUGUUUCUAAUAAAAUGGCUAGUGAGAGUCAAAAGGAAUUGUAUAGCAUUGGAAAAAAAAUUCAUAUAAAAUGUGCUAUAACUUUUGCACAGACUAUGUUUUGUUUUAUUUCCCCAAAUUGUUAAAUUCAGCAAACAAACCAUAAUUGUGCAUUAAAGUAUUCAGAAGUGUGUUUGCUGCAGAAGAUUUGUACUUAUUUUAAUGUAAAAAAAUCUAAAUGUUAUUUGACCAGGGGUGCCUAAAACGUUUGAAGACAACUAUAUCCACAAUGACUUUUUAACCAUGGAGCAAUUGUGAGAGUUUCAUAUAGCAGAGCAAACUAUAAAUGAAUUAGACAGCAAGAGGGCAUUACCUUCAUGAACUAUGAGAAUUAUAAUGAGCAUUUCUGUUUAUCAUGUAUUCUGAAUUAGACUAUCAUUAGUGAAGCGCCCAAAUGUCCACUCCAAGUUUUGACAAUUUUUUAAAACUGUUUCUGAUGCUGUAUUACAUGCAAAUUUAUAAUAAAUGUCUCCUGUCACAUGUU